UAUCACCGCUCUUAAAAGGCUAUCGCAGCCACUCCUAGCACCAGUUGCUGACCAGCCUGCUCACUUGCCUCCUUCUGGCUUCUAGCUGCCUUGAAUGCCCGAUUCUUCAAGCUCCCUGUGGGUCUGACAAAACAGGGACCAUGUCUACCUUUGGCUACAGGAGAGGACUUAGCAAAUAUGAAUCCAUCGAUGAGGACGAACUCCUUGCUUCCCUGUCAGCUGAAGAGCUGAAGGAGCUAGAGAGGGAGUUGGAAGACAUUGAACCUGACCACAACCUUCCUGUGGGGCUAAGACAAAAGAGUCUGACGGAGAAAACCCCCACGGGGACAUUCAGCAGAGAGGCACUGAUGGCCUAUUGGGAAAAGGAGUCCCAAAAACUCCUGGAGAAGGAGAGGCUGGGGGAGUGUGGAAAGGUUGCAGAAGAAGACAAAGAGGAGAGUGAGGAAGAGCUUAUUUUUACUGAAAGUAACAGUGAGGUUUCUGAGGAAGUGUACACCGAAGAGGAGGAAGGAGAGGAGGAGGAGGAGGAGGAGGAGGAGGAGGAGGAGGAGGAGGAGGAGGAGGGCAGCCAUGAAGAAGAAAAAGCAGUUGAAGACCAGAAAGGUAUUGCUGGACCUGUAAAUUAUGAUAGUGCCAAUUCUGAUAACUCUAGGCCAAAGACAUUUAAAAGUCAAAUAGAAAACAUAAAUUUGACCAAUGGCCACAGUGGAAGGAACACGGAGUCGCCAGCUGCCAUUCACCCUUGCGGAAAUCCUACGGUGAUUGACGAUGCCUUGGUGAAGAUUAAAAACAACGACCCCGACACCACAGAGGUCAACCUGAACAACAUCGAGAACAUCACGUCGCCCACGCUCACCCGCUUCGCCGAGGCCCUCAAGGACAACACGGUGGUGAAGACCUUCAGCCUGGCCAACACGCACGCCGACGACAGCGCGGCCCUGGCCAUCGCCGAGAUGCUCCGGGUCAACCAGCACAUCACCAGCGUCAACAUCGAGUCCAACUUCAUCACGGGCAAGGGCAUCCUGGCCAUCAUGAGGGCGCUGCAGCGCAACACGGUGCUCACCGAGCUGCGCUUCCACAACCAGAGGCACAUCAUGGGCAGCCAGGUGGAGAUGGAGAUCGUCAAGCUGCUGAAGGAGAACACCACGCUGCUGAGGCUGGGCUACCAUUUCGAGCUCCCGGGCCCCAGAAUGAGCAUGACCAGCCUCUUGACGCGCAACAUGGAUAAGCAGAGGCAGAAGCGGAUGCAGGAGCAAAAACAGCAGGAAGGGUGCGAUGGAGGAGCCAAUCUUAGGACCGCAGUCUGGCAAAGAGGAACGCCUGGCUCUUCACCUUAUGCAUCUCCCAGGCAGUCUCCCUGGUCAUCCCCCAAAGUCCCCAGGAAAGUCCAAACUGUGAGGAGCCGUCCUCCGUCUCCCGUGGCGCCCCCUCCGCCGCCGCCGCCCCCCCCACAGAGGCUGCCGCCCCCUCCUCCGCCUCCGCCUCCUCCGCUUCCAGACAAAAAGCUCGUCACCAGAAACAUCGCCGAGGUCAUCAAACAACAAGAGAAUGCCCAGCGGGCAUUACAAAAUGGACAGAAAAAGAAAAAAGGGAAAAAGGUUAAGAAACAGCCAAACAAUAUCCUAAAGGAAAUAAAAAAUUCCCUGAGGUCAGUGCAAGAGAAGAAAACCGAAGAGAGUUCCCGACCUUCUACCCCACAGAGGUCAGCUCAUGACAACCUCAUGGAAGCGAUUCGGGGGAGCAGCAUAAGACAGCUAAGGCGGGUGGACGUUCCGGAUGCUCUGCGAUAAAAACACAGUCUUUAGAAGAGGAUGCAGAAUUACUCAGUGGUAUUAAAUAAAAUGAAUUGUGAGAUGUUUCUAAAAUAACUUCUUCAACUUGAAAUGUUCUCUGACUUUAAAAAUAGCCUCACCUAUGAAUUCCAAAGAGUAUUUAAGAAACAAUUAGCAUGUUUCUUCUGUAAAUAUGAAAAUAAUCUUUUUUAAUGUCAUGAGAUUUGUAUUGGCGGGAAGCAGUUUAUUUAAAGAUGCUUCGUAUCUUUGGAUGUGUUGGUAACUGAGCUGUUGAGAUAAUGAAAUGUGCUAUUUUUGUAAUCCCAAUAAAUUUGGAUUGAAGUUUUUUUUUUAAAAAACAAACUAAUAUUUUUUUGAGUUGAUACAUUUUUGUAUGUAUGUAACAUUGUUAAAUAU